AUGUUGCUUGGACUUUUUCUGCUAGCCAUUCUCAGUCAUCCCACCUUGGCCUCAUGUAAGUAUUUUAUUUAUUUUAUUCAAUGCUCUCUUUCAGUAUGUGUUGUUAGUAAAUGGAGACCAUGGAGUUCAUGCUUUGGAGAUUGUAAAUUGGCGUUAAGGGUUAGGAAUCGGGAUGUGUUACAACCUCCAUUACCGGAGAAAGAUCCCAAAACAGAGGAAUUAAUUGAGAGGACAUGCCCCAGUCUUUACGAGACUCAGCGAUGUGUUUUACCGGAAUGCCAAGAAGAAAGCCCCUUUACUGUAAGUUAAAAUAACUCAUUUAAGAUCACUUUUUAGAGGAAAGAAGACCAAUUUGUUAGUGGAUUUGAAAGGAAAUCCACAAAUAUUCAAACACAAAGAAGUCAAUGUAAGCAGAAUAGGAAGUUAUGACCCAUUUUUAGGUGAUGACACUGAGAAAGAAGAGUGUUGUCGAGUGAUCAGGCAUCUCUGCCCUGAUGGAACGAAGCCAAAGAAAGUGAUCAGAUGGUACAAACAGGUAAGACCCUCUCAUUUUACAUCAGACUCAUAUUAUUUUAGCCUACCGAGUCCUUAUGCCGUCCAUAUAGAUAUCCAUAUUGUGGAGUGGCCACUGAAAAUAGGGAGAAUCCUCUGAUCUCGGAAUCCCGAUGCAUCCAGACAUGCGCUCCACCUCGAGAUCAAGUGGUCUUACCCGAGUUUCGACCUCUUUAA